ACGCCAACGGCCGCCAAGAAGGCCCAGCUGAGCCCGAUCUUUACCGUGCUGGCUGCCGGCAGCGCGCUCGUCAGCGAUGGCUACCAGAACAACGUCAUGUCGCUUUUGAACACACUGUUCGCGAAGCGGUACGGCUCCAAGGUCUACACGAGCGACGUCAGCACGCGCGUCUCCAACUCCCUCACCGUGGGCACGAUCCUGGGCCAGGUCAUUGUGGGUGUCGUCUGCGACCGCAUCGGGCGAAAGGCGGCCAUCGUCAUUGCUUCUGUCCUGCUCUGCAUCGGCGCCAUCUUUGCGACGGGCGCCGCGCCCAUCCAUGGCAGUACCAAUGCGCUCUUCUGGUGGCUGACAGUGGCAAGAGGAUGCAUCGGUGUGGGUGUGGGGGCCGAGUACCCGGCCUCGUCCAGCUCGGCGAGCGAGGCUGCCAGCGAGCGGUACAGCAGAAAGACGCGCUCGACCGUCUUCAUCCUCUGCACCAACUUGGUCCUGUCCCUCGGCGGGCCAAUCGCCUCGUCCUACUUUCUCAUCAUCCUCAGUGCCACCUCGUACACGGGAGAGCAAUCUCCCGAGCAGAAUGCAAGGAAGCUCGACAUCAUUUGGAGACUCUGCUUCGGUUUUGGCGCCCUGCUGCCCCUCUCGGUCUUUUACUUCCGCAUCAAGAUGCUCACGACGAAGCUCUACGCUGAGAGCGCCAUCAAGCACAAUGUCCCCUACUGGCUCGCCGUCAAGCGAUACUGGCCGAGGCUCAUCGGCACCCUUGGCGCUUGGUUCCUCUAUGACUUUGUGGCCUUUGCCAACUCGGCCUUCAGCAGCACCGUGAUCGCGACCGUCGUCGACAAUCCGACGCUCAAGCGCACCGCCGAGUACCAGCUGCUGCUCGGCGCCAUCGCGCUGCCCGGCGCCAUCCUGGGCGCAUACGCCGUCCGGUACCUCGGCUCCAAGUGGCUCCUCAUUGCUGGCUUCACGGGCUACAUCAUCAUCGGUCUCAUCGUGGGACUCGCCUGGGACCACAUCAUCAAGAUUCCCGCCCUGUUCGUUGUCCUGUAUGGCCUGCUGGCCAGCUUUGGCAAUUUUGGCCCAGGCUCCGUCAUGGGCCUCGUCUCGUCCGACUGCUACCCCACGGCGCUCCGCGGCACCUUCUACGGCCUCUCGGCCGCCGUCGGCAAAGUCGGCGGCGUGGUCGGCACCGAGGUGUUCAAGCCGGUGCAGGCCCACGGUAAAAAGUACACAUUCAUCGUUGCGGCGUGCUGCGGCGUCGUCGGCGUGCUCCUCGCCUUUUUCUUUGUGCCAGACACGACGCGGUUCGACUUGGCGGAGCAGGACAAGGAGUGGGAGCAGUACCUGGUCAGAAAUGGCUGGGACCACGUCGUUGGCGAG